AUGGGAGGCUGCAGAGCUGGCAGGAGGCUGCGGAUUGGCAGGCGCAGCGGUUGCCGAGGCGACGGGCGGGUCCGGCGGAGGCCCCGGGAGGGCGCGGGCUGGGGCGUCCGGCGGUUUCCGCGCUCUCGGCGUUGGCUGUCGGGGGCGGCUCCCGCACCCGCUGGGUCCGCGCCCCCCGCCCCCCCCCCCCGGGCCCCCCCCCCGGUGCCCGCUCCCGCCGCCCCGCCCCUCCCGGCUCAGCCCCGCCCCGGACCACGGCGAGCUCGGAGUGUGGUGGUCGGCGCGGGCGAUGGGCUGCGGGAACUCCACGGCGGCUGGCGCGGGCUCGGGCGCGGGCCGAGGUGCCCGUGGAGCACAGCUUCCGACAUGUCCCAGGAGUCCAGCCCUUCAGUUGCCCUGCAGGAGCAGCUAAAGAUGCAAGAAUCGAUAACAGAAGAUGACAAGAGGAGAAACUAUGGCGGAGUGUAUGUUGGCCUACCUGCAGAAGCUGUCGAUAUGGUAUCCAGUCAAGCAAAGACUGUACGAAAAAUUCGCUAAUGGACUGGACUUGGAACGAUUUUGGCUCCAGCGACACCAUACAGCGCACAGACGUUUCUGAGGAAAUUCUGAACCCCUGCUCCCACCUGCACCCCUUAAGGCACCACCAGGCGACGGGCCCAGGUUCAGUGUUGUAGUGGAAGGAGAUCGGCUGACCACGCGCUCAUUUCUGGCGCUGACUCUGGCUCUGUGAAGGAGGAGCCACGUCUGUCCUGGCUGGUGUCAUGCCGCCCGCUGCCGGCCCCCAGUGUGCUCCCUGGCUGCUCAGCCCAGCUCCUGGCCUCGACUUUCCCAGGAUUCUCUUUUGAUAGUUUUUAUAUAAUAAAGUCCUUAUAACCUAAGAUACUAGGGCACUAUAAACAAAUUACCUAAAGUGAUAUAUUUGACUCUUUCACUAUUUCUACUUCACAUUCAUUUUUAGCUGCAAAAUUGGUAACUGGACUCUUACUGCUGUCUCUUUCCCUGUUUUUUACUAUUUUGUUUUCAAAUUUUAUUUAAAUGUCAGAGAAUUCCUCUGUUAGGAGCAACACUGAAAAGUACAAUGUUUUGUUUGCAAUGUUAAAUUUGCAGUGUGUAUACUUUAAACACAUGUUGAUGAAAUCCUUGUUUUGUUUAGUCAGAGGCUGAGGUAGCUACAGAUAGCCCACAGCCAGCGAUCUCGUGCGCCCGUGCGGCCCGGCCGCUCCUCGUGGUCAUUCUGCACUGUUAGCCAGCACUUAGACAGAUGGCCAGUGGGCUGUCUGGAAAGUUCUUUAUUUGCUAAUGAUGUGUGUACCUAUUUACCCUGGCAAUGUAAAUCACCCAAUUUACCAGUGUAUUUCAGCAGUUAAACAUUUUAA